GUUGGGCAGUCUCUGAGUUUCUGAGGGGCUUGGAGAGCGCGCGGUCGCAUUCAGGGUUUCUAGGACAAGGCUUAGCUCUUGCCAGGCAACUUCAGAUAUGUCUGACACAAACAAGAGUGGUUCUGGUCUAACUCACUUCCAGGCUGGAGCUCCAGAAGAAGAUGGUAGCUUGGUGAUGCAGACUCUACUGGCAGUGACCCAGAACUUGGAGGUCUCAGAGGCACCCAAGACCGUAAAUGCACCAGAAGUCUUAGGAGGUCUGAAGGUUUCAAGCAUUCCAGGGGUUUCAAAGGCCUCAGAGUUCUCCAAAGAAACACUGAUCCCAAAGGCCAAAAGGGUCUCAAAGGCCCAAAAGGCUCCUGAGGCAUUUGCCACCCAGGCAUCACCCACCACUCAGCAAACUGAUAUCCAGGUCCUGACAGCUGAAAACAACAGUCCAGCAACUGACAUCAAGAUGCAAAAUGCUGAUCCGCAGGCUGUGCCAGUGCAUGCUACUGAGACCAAAAAAGUGGGUUCUGUGCCUGAUACCCAGGUCAAUACAAAGGCCCUGGAGACUGAAGCUUCUGUUUCUCAGAUUCCUACAGAUGAACCUGGGCCUGAGGGUGCAGCUGCUGAGACACAGGAGAAUCAGGAUGUUCGACCAAAAGUCAAGGCCAAGAAGGCUCUAAAGGUGAAACACUUGAGUGGGGAAGAAGAUGGCAGCAGUGAUCAAAAUCAAGCUUCUGGAACUACAGGUGGCCGAAGGGUCUCAAAGGCCCUAAUGGCCUCAAUGGCCCGAAGAGCCUCAAGGGGCCCCAUAGCCUUUUGGGCCCGUAGGGCAUCAAGAACUCGGUUGGCUGCUUGGGCUCGAAGAGCCUUGCUCUCCCUGAGGUCACCUAAGGCACGUAGGGGCAAGGCUCACCGUAGAGCUGCCAAACUCCAAUCAUUUCAAGAACCGGAAGCACCACUGCCUCGGGAUGUGGCCCUUAUGCAAGGGAGGGCAAAUGAUUUGGUGAAAUACCUUCUGGCUAAAGACCAAACAAAGAUCCCUAUCAAGCGCUCAGACAUGCUGAAGGACAUCAUCAAAGAAUACACCGAUGUGUACCCUGAAAUCAUUGAACGAGCAGGAUAUUCCUUGGAGAAGGUAUUUGGAAUCCAGUUGAAGGAAAUUGAUAAGAGUGACCACUUGUACAUUCUUCUCAGCACUCUAGAACCCACUGAUGCAGGCAUACUGGGAACGACCAAGGACUCACCCAAACUGGGUCUCCUUAUGGUGCUUCUUAGCAUCAUAUUCAUGAAUGGAAAUCGGUCCAGUGAGGCUGUCAUCUGGGAGGUGCUGCGCAAGUUAGGGCUACGCCCUGGGAUCCAUCACUCUCUCUUUGGGGAUGUGAAGAAGCUCAUUACUGAUGAAUUUGUGAAACAAAAGUACCUGGAUUAUGCGAGAGUCCCCAAUAGUAAUCCCCCUGAAUAUGAGUUCUUUUGGGGCCUGCGUUCCUAUUAUGAGACCAGCAAGAUGAAAGUCCUCAAGUUUGCAUGCAAGGUACAAAAGAAGGAUCCCAAGGAAUGGGCAGCUCAGUACCGAGAGGCUAUGGAAGCAGAUUUGAAGGCUGCAGCUGAGGCUGCCACUGAAGCCAAGGCCAGGGCUGAGAUUAGAGCUCAAAUGGGUAUUGGGCUUGGCUCUGAGAAUGCUGCUGGAUCCUGCAACUGGGAUGAAGCAGAUAUUGGACCCUGGGCUAAAGCCCGGAUCCAGGCAGGAGCUGAAGCUAAAACAAAAACCCAAGAGAGUGGUGGUACCAGUGCUGGCGCCAGCACAACUGGCUUCAGUGCCAGUGCAAGCCUGACCUCCACCCUCACAUUUAACCUUUUCUCUGGACUUAGUGGAGCUGGCACCAACAACAGCUCUGGUGCCUGUAGUUUCUCCUACAAAUGAGAUUUCAGAUAUUGCUAAUCCCAGCAUUCUUACUCUUCAAGCCAGGGUGUGUUCUCAGAAACAUUACUCAGCAAAGCACUCUAGGCAGUCACUAUCAAUUGAAGCUGACAUUCUUCAUUAAAUCUAUUUGCUGUUUCUGA